AUGGGCAACUCGCUAAAGCCACAAAACAAAACUCAGGAUGUCUUACUGUCUGAGAAGGCAAACAUCGCAUGGAGCACAAUAUUUGCUUUAGUCGCCGUCAUCAUUUUGGCGGGAAAUUCCCUUACAGUUGCAGCGUUCACUACCAGGCGUUUGGUGCGCAGGCGCACACAUUUCUUUCUGAUCAGUCUGGCUGUGGCUGACUUGAUGGUUGGGGCCCUGGUGAUACCACUUUACAUCUACUUAAGUAUACAGACGGAUUUGCCGAAAGGCGCUGUGCAUCACGUCUUCGAAGCAGCGGAUAUUCUUGCAGGGCUUGCUUCAGUCUUUACCCUUGCAAUGAUAUCAGCGGAAAGGCUUGUCGCUGUUGGCUGGCCGCUUGUUCACCGAAUGUUUCGUAAGCGUAGCUACUUUAAUUUCAUAGGCCUUGCUUGGUUAUUUGCCUUAGCUAUAUCAGUAAUAAAUCUGCUGUAUCGUUACAAAAUAGUGCCUUACUUUGCUACUUUGGAUAUUGUGCUGACUGCUUUGUUGACCUCUAUUGUUUUCACUUGCACUGCGUACAUCGCUUUAUGGAUCAAAGUUCGUUUUCGGGAUUACGGCGGAUUUCUUGGUAGGGAACAUGACAAAAAGCUUGUAAAAACGUUGUUUCUUGUCACUGGAGUUUUCGUUUUAACAUGGACGCCUUUUCAGGCGCUGCUGUUUGUUGUCCAUUUCUGCCGAACUUGUCCGAUCCCCCCGCAGAAUGUAGUAAACUUUGUUAAGCUACUACAUUUCUGUAACUCUUUUAUGAACCCAAUAAUUUACUCCUUAAGAAUACCUGAGUUUCUCAUUGCAAUUUCUGACAUCUUUAACUGUCGAUACAACCCACAUAAUAGUGAAAUUACCCUAAGAACACUACGCGGAGAAACCUUGGAUACAAUGACAGGAAUUCUAAGUUCCUAUUCGUCACUGAAUGUGCGUUUCUGCAUGGGCACAGAGAAUAUGGUCACAUCUGAAUUAAAUUCGUCGACGUUCAGGCAAAAAUUCUUCAAGAGGACAAGCUCCAGGAUGAACUCUAGUCGCAGGACGCACGUGACUACGUCUCCAGUUUGACUGCAAUUGCAACAAUUGGUGCCAGGUCAGCCAUGAGUUGGCUAUUUAGAAGUUGAGUGAGAAUGAACACAGGUCGGGCGGGUAUCGUUUUACACUAUGGGAUUUUUAUGGGAACGCAAUUACCGAUUACUAGACAAUUAUUGGAUUAUGUUUUUGCGCUAUCCCGAAUGAUCAAGCAGCUGAUUGACUAUUCAUUCCGGAUAUCACAAAGACCGAAUCUAACAUUGACACGCAGAUAUAUAUUUUUUAGCAACUAAUAUAAUUUGCAGUCUGUCUACUUUGAAUGGCUUUAUAACACAUUACGUUGAGGAAACAUGCACUGAGCACAGUUGACCUUGCCAUUGGAAAUCAUGCAUUGCUUCGGCAACUUACAGAUAAGUCAGUCGCAUGCUUGUAGAAGAGAAGAUGGUGAGCACAAUAAUCUCAUUAAUUAGUCCAAGAGGUAGCACAGGCAACUAAGCAAACAAUCCCAUAAUGCAACUCGACCCAACACCGUCUUGGUCUCAAUCCCAACGUUAAAAUGUUUAUUACUGGUCCAAUAUCACAGUGUUGUAUGAAUUCACAGGUUUUGACUGGAAUUACAGCGGUUACCACUAACACGAGCCCUCGGAGGGUUUUUUUCUCUCUAUUGAAACCUGAGUUUUCGUGGACGUAAAUCAACUGUUUCCAUGGUUUUCUCACUCGCUCUGACAGAGAAGGUUCCCUCAUCGCUGAAUAAAGCGGGAAGACUUACAAGAAUAAUUUCGCACGACGACGUCGUUUUUAAUUAUUUCAUUAAGAUGAAGGAUUAUAUUGUUAAAACAGCGAGGUCUCUACGAGCUCAGCCGAAACACUCUCUACAGUUUACGUAAAGGUUUUUAGGUUGUUUACUUAUUUGAUUGCAUGAAAACACGAGAGCCGUGGACGAAUUGCCAAGGAGUAUAAAUUCAAAGAAGCGAAAGAUACCACACCGACAAGGGACAAAGUUUCCUCUAAAUGCCGGACGUUGUUUUGAAAAAUAAUUUUGUAACCUUCAAAUCUACUUAUCAUUCUUCAUGUUAUCGAAUAGAAUCAAGAACUAGCAAGAACUCGGACGAAUUGCGAGCGUGCAUUGAGAAAGCUUAUGUGUUCGUAACUUACAGUGUGUAAAUAAGUGGGUAAUUUGAGUUUCCUCCGACAAACACUCAACAAAUUUGUACUCCUCGUAAUCUUGACAUGAAGUGGUGCCAGAUCCGGUAGCAAAAUAUUGCAAAAACGGCUCAAACGCAGACAUGUUCUUCCGAGUGCUCGAGAAACAGGGAAAGAAUCUGCUCUGGGCCAACGAGUAAAAAACAAUUGUAGCAGUUGAUUGGCGUCCACCAAAACGCAGGUUUGAACCCGAAGAAAAAACCUUAAAGUUUGAGGACGCGUGUUAGUAGUAGCCACUGUAAAGUGGCAGGAAGAAUAUACUGAGAAAAUUUGCGUCGUCACAAAACGCUUAGUGGGAAGAAGACAAAAGUAAGGCAAGGGGCACACAUACACCAACCCACGGCCUGGGCAGAACCUCACACAUGCACACCGCCAUAUCACCCGGGCAGUGGCAGCAAUGGACAGCUGGUUUGCCCUUAUUGGGGCUUACCAGCAUGGCAUAGUCAUGGGACCUCAGAGAUCUUUUACUACCGCCAGCUCCACACAACACAUAUGGGAGCUGUUGGUUGGGAACCGCACUGCAGUUCUCCUACGGCAUGCGCGGGGAAGGCGGAUCAUGAGUUACCCUGAUCUGUGUGUCAGCAAAUUCAAUAAGAAAAAAUUAAAGCAAGGGGCACACAUACAGCUGUCCAUGGCUGCCACUGCCCGAGUGAUAUGGCUGUGCGCAUACGUGAGGUACUGUCCAGGCCGUGGGUUGGUGUAUGUGUGCUCCUUGAUUUUAAGUUUGUCUUAGUGGGAAGAAGUAUCGAGUGAGAACUCAGUUAUUCUUUCAUUGUCACUAUUUAAUUCUUAUGUAUUUUUUACCUAUAUCUACACUGCGCGUUUAGACACGUGACCUCAGUUGUUGAAAAGGUGGCUAGCACUAUCCACCGGAUAAAUCUUUAUCCACUGGAUACAAAAGAGAAUAAAUUCCCACAAGCCACGGCCAUUUUGCUCUUCAGAAGCUACUCUGGCCAGAUUUUUCCACAUAGAAAUCUUUUGACUUGUCGACGAAAGUAACGCCAAGUUUGCACGUCAUAUCGCUUGCUGUGCGUGAUCGGCAGUGAAAUGAUUUACCCCGCCAAGUUUAAAAUUACAUGACACCACUCUAACCGACCAAUAAGGUGGCGUCCUUAAAAUAACCUCGCAGUAUGACACAGAACCAAGAAUAGAUUGAAAAUACUUUUCAUGGGGAGAGGGUCGCGUAUGGGGGGAUUCGCUCUCUUAAAUCAUUCUCUCUUACUGGAUAUCGCAAUCGGUUUCCCCGAAUACAUAUCUACUGGGUAGUGAUUUAUCCGCUGGAUAGCGCUAUUCAGCUUUUGAACAACUGGAGCCAGGUGUUACGUCUUCAUAACGCAGCUUAGCAGCGUUGCAAACGAUUUGGCAAAACUUCAUUUUCAAAGGGGGCCUUAAAUUGCCUCCUUAUUUCUUUAUCCGUUUUAUUUGACAGUUUCGGUUUUAUGUAUCUUUGUCGUUGUUCUUUAUUUUUGUUUUUCUUAGAGGGAAACCAUUAUUAAUACCAUAAUAAGAUAUAAGGAUGUUUUCAGUCGAUUACUCACAAAAAGCGAGUAUCAUUAACUUUCUGGAGACAUUUGAGCCAAAUAUUGAGGAUAGCUUAAGAUUAAACGCUUGACAGGUCAGUCUUUGACGAGCUCAGUAAAAAUGGUUCAUUUCCACACAUGAAAUUAAAAGUGGAUUGGAAGCUGCUUGCCAAGUUUCAAAGGAUGAGGAAAAAUCAACAUAAAGUAAAUCUGUGCGGGUUUAUUCAAGCCUUACUACACAUGAGGUAGUAGGAGGAAUAAAUGAAGAGCUAUCUGCUACUGAUCAGGAUGGGUGGAGGACGGAGGAAGGAUGGCAUGUACUCCAACUUCCACCGCUUUUACGUCCGAAUGGAAAAGAUACUACUUUAAUAUAUAUAUCCAAAUAAUCGUAUGAUCACAAAACAGGUGAUUCAAGACGAUUAAAGUGGUUUCAAAAUUCUAUGUUUAUUACCAUAAAAUUGGAGGAGGUUUUAUGAUCUUUUCUUUAUGGUAUCGUAUUUCAUGAUUGGAACAAACGGAAAAUAGGAUUCAAACCAAGAAUAACCUUAAAUAACCCACAACAAUAUCACUGCCUUCUUUUAUUUGACCUUCUGCCUUCUAAACUCCCGCAAACCAAAGUGUCCAAAAUUGAUGUCUUUUUUAUCAAAUAUUUGCGAUCGGAAAAAUGUAAUGCUAUUGAUAGUUAUAAAGAACUCAACAAAAGGUUAAAAAAAAGCAUAACAGCUGGUCAGUGUGAGUACUUGUAUUGCCGGUAUUCUUUUUUUUUUUUUUUUGCUUACGUGUAAGAAUACAAUAGUAAUUCGGUUAGCAGGACCUGUAUGUAAGAAACAAAGAAUACUUAACCGAGUUACAUCACAGACAGCAGUUACGAUAGCAAACAUUGAUAUAAAAAUCAUGUCUAUUUUUUGUUUAUCAUUUGUCUCGUCGUGUACAAAUAUUUCUCCCUACAAUUGGUUUAAAGUUUCACAUGGCUAUCUCUUAAGACCUAUGCAGUCAAAAUCCAACAGCAUGGUCAAGUUGCUUGGUGAACCGUCCUGUGAAAAAAAAAAAAAAAAACCUUUCAAAAAUUGUCUAGAUCUCAGGUCCUGCUACCAGUAGGUAUACAUGAAUGAGGGGUCAUCUCAUUGUUUUGCAGGUGACAGCCCUUUCAUUUGGCCCUUUAUUACUUUUUGUGUUAUUUGUGCACGAAGCCAAGGCAAUCAAACUUAUGAUGACAAAACUAACAGACUGUGAUUACACAUAAAACCAAAAAGUCACUUUUAUCCCUGUCUUAUAUACAUAAGCUGAUGUAAAAACAAACACAACUUCGUGCACGGCAUUAAAUUGUGCAUAUUUCUCUUAGUACCUGAAAAUAAAUAUGUUUGGUUCGUAGUUUGUUUCCAAUAACAAGGUUGGUCCUGUCUUUUUGUCUCCCAUUAUUUGAACACUACUGUCCUCCAAUGCUAUAACUGGGAAAACUUUGCAUAUUCGGCAAAGGUACUCCCUAAUGCGACUGCCAAGAAAGGGGGAAGCUAGAUUGGUGAGAGGAUCAGAGAGGGAAUAGUGGUUGGUAGGAACCGUCAACUCAUCUGGAUUCUCUAACAAAGAAAAAGAAAUUAACAAAUCAUUUUUUUUUGUCAUUCUCGUAAAAAAUUCCAGUUACAUAACAGCCAUCUCUCACGGUUCUUACCCAUUUUGUAAUGAGGGUUUGAAAACUAGGAUUAUAUACCGUAAUUAACUCUGUUGAUUAAUGAAUGUUACCAAAGCAAAUGGAGUCGGUGGCAUAGGCGACUUCGAAAAAGAAUCCGAGUACUUUCAAUGGGACGUCCUUUUGGUUACUAGUUUAGAGUGUCUGUAGUGCCUGCAUUUGAAGAUUAUCCGUUAUUUGCAAUAUAUGCAAUAUAUGCAGUAAUACGCAUGCAGACAAACAACAGACGUCUAACAGCACACAUUUGGUUUAUCGGACCCUUUAUCAACAUUCAGAGUAUACUCCCCCGGAGAAUUUCUAGGGACCAAAAUACUGAAACCCAGCUGGUAUGCCGACUAUGUUUACUGUGGGCAAAUAAAUCAGCUUGCUUGAUUGGCAUGAUUAGUAUGAAAUAAAGGUAACUAAACAAACAGAUAUUUCCACCACGUUUGCGUGUGUUUGCUUAUUUAUUUAUUUUGGUAUUAUCCCGGUGUAUGGGAGAGGAUGUCUUCUUUUCUUUGCCUUUAUAAACACUUAUUAACCAGAAGAUCACAAAAAAAGAAAAGAAAAGGCAUUGAAGCAAAAUAGUAAUGGUAAGAGAUUCAACGAGGUCCACUGAACUGUUCAUGAUCAAUCUAGGUUUCCCGGGACUCGACAAUAUUUCAAGUUACUUAUUAUAACUACAUCGGUACUGCUUUGGGCUAAAAGAAAAGACAAAACAAAAAGUUGUUCGUGUUGCAUAUGUAUAUCGUAUCUACAUGAGCUUAGCCAGAAUCAUAAAAUAAAGUAGUUCUUAUAGAUAAUGUUAUUUUAACCAUCGAUGAAAGCUUAAGAAGGUCACCAGUACAAAUCAGGUAACAAACCUAUGCCUUCGAUAUACAUCGUCAGCUACAGCUUUGGACGAGUCAGUCGAUUUACAUUUUACAGUUGUAUAAUAGUGUAAUAUUUUCCUCUUUCUUUUUAACAGAAUUACAAAAAUCGUGGUUAAAUGUUUGUGUUAAAGAGAACUGUUUGACGAUUGACGAAAUGGAUUUCAACAAAUGGAACGUGUUUUGGAGUAUAUGCUUUGGCGUGAUGGCAUUCAUGGUAAUAGCUGGAAACGCUAUUUCUAUUGUUAUUCUUUCCACGAGAAGACUACGAAAGCGUCCUCACUUUUUGCUGAUAAGUUUAGCUGUUGCAGAUUUCUUGGUCGGAUUAUUAGCCAUACCAGUAUACAUGAUUGUCGUAAUCUCCGGAGCAAACCUCGCCUCCAAACUAGCUUUUGACUGCGUGGAUAUGUUUACAGGAUUUGCAUCUACUUUCACCCUGGCCAUCAUUUCUCUUGAGAGACUCAAUGCCAUUGCUCGACCUCUCCAUCAUCGCCAGCUCACUUUAUGGAGUUAUUCCGCUGCUAUAUCGUUGCCAUGGGUCCUGUCAUCCUUCAUAACAUCGUUUAGGGUGCUUCUCGACUUCGUUUUCAUUACUGUUCACCAGUUCUUGACGAUUAUAAUCAUCAGCUUAUCUACUCCAUUGCUUAUCUCGUGUAUUAGUUAUAGCUACAUAUGGAAGAAGCAACGCACCCGAAUACGUAACAGUUUCAGACAGAGACACGAGACCAGAUUCUCCAAGACUGUGUUUUUGAUAACUGGAACAUUUCUGGUGACUUGGAUGCCAUUUCAAAUUUUAGUCAUCGUAUUCAUUUUAUGUUUUCCAUGCAGGGCCAUCCCCAUUUCAGUUGUAUUCGUUAUAAAACUCCUUCAAUUCGGCAACUCGAUUGUUAAUUUUCUUAUCUAUUGCUUUAGGAUGCCGAGUUAUCGAAAAUCGUUGUUUGCUAUUUUGUCUCAUGGUAGGGAUUCUCGAAAAGGAAGCCGGGCAGUGUCUCCAUUUAAUGAGAAUCAAACGACAAACAUCACUCUUAUUUCGUUUUCUAGCUUACAAUAG